GUUUCACUUUAUGAUUGAACAAAAAAAAAAUUUUUGAUUAUAACUGUUUAUCACCUUUUUUAAUCUUAAAGAUGUUACUUGACAAGGCAAUCGUCUUGUUGUUAAUUACCACAUGUAGCCUUGUCUUAUCAGAGAAGACUAUCAGUCUCUCUAUCACUAAAUACAAUCAACAUUCUCAUUGGAAAAGAGCAGAUAUUCAUCAAGCUCGUUUAUUUAAUAAUGAAGGAUCAGAGUAUUUAAUCAAUAUUGGUAUUGGAACACCAAUGCAGAACUUUACUGUAUCAUUAGACACUGGAAGUUCUGAUCUUUGGGUCCCUUCCUCUAACUGUCCAACGGAAGAAUGCCCCUAUCAAAGAUUUAUCUCCUCUCAAUCUAGUACAUUUACAUCAUUGAAUGAGUCUCAACCAUUUCAGAUUGAGUACGGUAUUGGAUCAGUAAAUGGAACCUAUGGCAAAGACAGUGUUUAUUUAGGCAAUGCCCAUAUUCCUCAACAACAGUUUGGCUUGGCAGCUUCUACCCGUGACCUCAUUCUGCCAGCUACAUCGCCAUCAAAUGGCAUCUUUGGUCUUGGUUAUCCUUCUCUCACUACAAGCAACACGAAGUAUAGUCCAUUUGUAUUUCAGUUGGCGGAGCAAGGAUUAAUCGAUCAACCUAUUUUUUCGGUUAGCAUGGGAUCAAUAACUGAAACAGGUUGGUCUGGCGAAAUCUUGCUAGGUGGAACGAAUUCUGAGAAAUACAUAGGGGAUAUUAUCUAUGAGCCCGUUUUCAAUCAAGACAAUAGUAAUACGUCUUAUUGGAUGGUGGGCGGCAACUCGAUUCAGGUACAAAAAGAGACGACGAAAAGUGAACUAGUUUACAACAAUACAUUUUCUUCAGUUCGUGGCAUGAUUGUAGAUACUGGAACUACUUUGACUUAUAUGGAUCGCGACGCAGCUGAAGCCAUUGUCAAAAUGGUGACCAACGACCAUGCUGUAUUUGACCAAAUGUCUGGUACUUAUAUCAUUGACUGUCGCACGGGUCAUGAGGCAACCACAAGUUAUUUUGUUUAUUUCACACUGGAUCGUAGUGGUAUACAAUUAAAUAUCCCUCUAAGAGAUCUCGUCUUGCCACUAGGAGAAGGUAUUUGUAUGUUUGGCAUUGCGCCAUGGAUGGAUACUGGCAAUAGCCUAAAAAUGAAAGAGAAUGGUUGGAUUCUGUUGGGUGAUUCUGUUCUGAGAUCUACAUAUCUUGUGUUUGAUAUGAAAAACCAUCAAAUUGGAUUUGCAAAGACUGCUUCUGCAAGUGUCAUUCGGCAUGAAAUUACAUCUUUUGGUGACACAUUGUGUACGCCCAACAACUUUAUUGAAUUAAUUAUGACAGCUAUGAUUGUCGUUUUUGUUUCUAUAUAAAGUAAGAGACUGGUCUGUGCUUUCUUUUUUUGUGACUCCAGUGAUAGCUAUAGUAUUUGUAGGAAGACAAAAUAAAGUAAUAUCAAUUGGAAAAUA